GUUAUGGACGACAUAGAGUCGUUUAUGUGACACCCUUCAGUCGUCAGUCUUGCCCCUUGCAUAUGACCAGGACCUGACUCAUGUCUAACCUGCGUGGAAACACGCCUUCAGCUCAACCGGCAACGGACACAUACAACCCUGACAAUGAUCCCCAUCGACUCCUUAAGCUAUCACAUAGCCUCCGGUAUCAGCUAGCGCAGCCGCUUCGGAGACAUGACAUCCAACAGAAUCCUUCCCUGCCCGCACCUGGCGUAGGAUAUCCCCAUGGCCCGCACGGAGGGGCCCGCCAGCCGCUAUCCCCGCAGGCGUCACGGCCACAUCCGCCUCAAUCCCAUCAUUCCCCCCAGCAGCAGCAGCAACCUCAGCAGUCGCAGCCACCACCUCUGCAGGGCCCAGGCACCCGCAGCGGACCUUACAGCGGCUUCGCUUCCAAGGACUGGUUGCAGUCUGAGGUACGGCAGGACGUGGAUUCCCUGCGUCGCCACGUGGACGAGCACGCCAGCAAGAGGGAGCAGCGCGCCUUUGAGCUGGAGCGAGCCGCGCUGCAGGCGGAGAUUGCACACCUGCGCAGUCGGCUAGCGGCAAGCGAGGAGAGGGCGGUGAAGCUGGAGAUGAUGCUGCCCAACGAGAACGGAGAGUUCCGGCGACUGCGAGCGGAGGUGGAGGAGCUGGAGCGGGAGGCGGACCAGUUCAGCAUGCUGUACGAGCGGCAUGCGGCAGCCACCAAGAGCGCGCUGGCAGGCUACCGACAGGCGCUAGCCGACAUGGACGAUAUCGAGCAGGAGUUCACCCGCAUCCAGCGGCUCGUGGACUCCCUUCCCGAGGCGACCGCAAGUGGCCGGCCCGUCAGCGAGGCCGCAGGGGCAGGCUACGCGAGCAUGUAUCCUGGUCUUGCCCAUGCGUACUCUACCCAGGCGCCUUCCCGGCCUACCGCUGCUGCCCCGGGGGCACCGCCAUCGUCGGCGGGGGGAACACCACCCCGACCGGGCGUGUGCUGCGGCUGCUUCCCUGUCAGGCGCCGGUGAGCCGUGCUGCCCUGCUGGUGCUGACUGCUGAGGUUUGUGAGAGACGACAGCCGCGCAGCCCGUAGAUGGUGUACCGUUGAGACGCAGGGGUGCAUGGUGUUUACCCCUCUGAGCUGCGAGAUUGUUGUGCA